GUCUGCCUCGCGCCCUGCGGAGGGACUCUCUCGUCCCAAACUUCCGGCUUUGUGAACUCGGCAUUGUUCGGUUUUCUAGGAUUCUGGAGAGGUCGGUUUGGGGCUGAAUAUUAUAAAGAGAAGCUCAUCAGGAAUCUCUAGGUGCCUAAAGGACAAUUGGGAUUUGAUUGUAGCAGCACAGAUCCUGUCUGGAGGGAGACCACCCUGUGAGCCUGUAUGAUGACUGCAGAAUCCAAAGAGACUGCCAUCCUUUCUCCCCAGGCUCUACAGGAUCAGGACGGGCCUAUAAUAAUCAAGGUGGAAGAUGAUCCCACCUGGGAGCAGGAAUCUAGUCAGCAGAGUAACAGUCACCCCAACCAGGAGAUCUGGCGGCAGCGCUUCAGGCAGUUGUGCUACCAGGAGACACCUGGGCCCCGAGAGGCUCUGAGCCGAUUGCGGACGCUCUGUUGUGAGUGGCUGAGGCCAGAGAUGCACACUAAGGAGGAGAUCUUGGAACUGCUGGUGCUGGAGCAGUUCCUGAGUAUCCUACCAGAGGAACUCCAGAUCUGGUUACAGGAACGACAUCCAGAAAGUGGUGAGGAAGUAGUGAUGCUACUGGAAGAUUUGGAGAGAGAGUUGGAUGAACCAGGACAGCAGGUCUCAGCCCAUACACAGGAACAAGCAUUACUGUGGGAAGGGGUGACACCCCUGUUCCCAGCUCCAGUGACAUUGAGAAAGUCACCAAGCAUUCGGGUUCAAGCCAUGGAGACUCAGUUGACAUGUGACACUGUGGAUCCCCACCCUCUCCAAAAGAUUGGGAUUACAUUUAAGGAGUGCCCUUUAAGAGAAGCUCAAGGGGACCCUCAUAACCUAAAAACAAAACAAAACAAGACCAAAAAACCCCCCCGGGUUUGAUCCCUGAAGCACAGACCCCAUCUGGAGGGAAGCUACCCCUGAGCCUGAAUGAUGACUAUGGAGUUCUAGGCCUCCAGAUACCAAGGGAUCAAGAACAACUUGUGAUGGUCAGAGUGGUUUCAGAUAAUCCAUGGGACAACCAGCUCUGGUCAUACUUGUCAGCAGUGCUUUGGGACAGUUCUGCUAGUACAGAAGAUAAGCAGUUUGUUUAAGGAACCAGCCAUUAGUAAAUUCACUAGCAUAAUGAUGAAAGAAACAAAAAGAAUCCUGGCCAGAGCUUUGAUGACUGACUUUGGAAACUCCAAAGAGAAAGCAGUUUUAAAAGUACCACGUAGCCACUGCAAGACUGUGAAGCCACCGAGUACAACCCCACCAGGCACCAAAGAAAUGCCAGCCUCUCAUUUGGUUGGCCAGAAGCUUUAAAAAGGGCUGCUCCUUCCAGGUCCCAGCUCCUCUUAAUAACAGAUGCCAGUACUUCCUGACUAUAAAAUGGAUGACUCAGUAGUGCCAGAGGGAAAAAAAGUGGGUGGUGAUUCCAGAAAACCUGACCCAUGAGUUACUAGAGGCCAUCCACAAUCUAUGCCUUAUGGUUGAAAAAUCAUGCCAUGUAUAAGAUGGCUAUCUCACCACCACCUCUAGAAGAGUGGAUAGGAAGGGUAGCUCCACUAGCAGGGUUGUCCUGAAGCUAGCAACCAGGACCUCAGUAAGCUCCAGCAACAACAGCUGAGACAGGGAGCUAAGCCCACUCUGGAGCAGAAAGCCACUGUGAAGCAGACUACACAGUUCACUCAUCUGCUGCCCAUUCAUUUUCUCCAGCUUGUCUCCAACUUGGUGCAAUUGCAAUGCCAGGCAGUCCACUGGAAGGAGUUGGGGAAGGGAUUUUGCCAUCUUUCAAGCCCCAAUCACCUUUCUCCUAGUCUGCCCAGAAUCUCUGAGAACCUAUGAUUUCCAGUCUCAUCCAUGCUCACUGGCCAGGGCUCUCACCCUUCAAGUGAAUCCUCUCCAGACUGCCCCUCCUUCCUUGUCCACUAACCCAGCCCCACCCCCAUUUCCUUUGAUUGCUUUCUGCUCUGGAACUCAUCCUGCUUGUAAGGGCUUUUAGAUUCCUGUAUCAGGAAAAAAUGUUUUUCAAAGCCCUGUCAGGAAAGCUGUAUCAUCCCAAGAUAAGCCAAAUGUUCUCACUCCUCUCCUGACAGCUCCGACAUCUACUUCUUCCUCUCCCCCUCACCUGGAGGGAGAAAAAAGAGAGGGGUACCCACCUCUUCCUCUUCAUGCAAGCUACCAGGCUGUGCUAUCAAAAACAGGCAGUCAGCAUUAACCAGUGCUGUCACAGGCAUGUGGCUUGCCUGACAGAGAGGACCAAAGCACUGGGGUUGGUUGUUACAAGGACACAGGUAAAGUAUAGCAUAAGAUAGUCUUGGUAGCCUUGGUUCAGGUCAUGAGACCAUUGGGAUCUAAAGUUUUAAAGAAAGAACAUUUUAUGCCAUAGACACAGGGCUGAAUAUCCCCAUAGUAAUUAGACCUAAGCCUACAGCCCUGAUAGGAGAUAAGGUAAUAGCAAUAGCUAGAGCCCCAUGAAAUUUACUUUAGUAACCUGGCUUACUAUAGGUGGUGCCACCAUGGUUGGCCCUAUAUCAACAGGGUCAGAAGCUUAUACUCUGCCUGUGACCCAAGAAAGAUGGGGUGAACCUAAGGGUGGGUUCUCCAUAUGUGGGGGCACCAAUAGUACUUCUUCCAUGAUGUCUACAGCUGAAAUCUUCCCUGCUCUGUUACUCUCUCUGCUUUAGAAGAAUCCAUCUGCUCCUACCCUUAUGACUGGGCUAGAAACCAUGUGGUUUCUGGGCAGAAAGGUUUCCCCAAAGGACCUUUUAAGGUUUCUUUCAAGCCUUUGUGGGGCAUUUACCUAAUCACAAAUUGUCUCUCUUCCUCUCUUCCACCUCAAGACCUGAAUGAUGUAUCGAGCAUGUGUAUCUAGCUUCCCUGCUGAGUACAGGCUUUCAACAAUUGGUACACAAUCACAUUGGCCACUUUCUCCCAAGUUAAACAGCAUCAGAGUCUAGGGCUGAGGGUAGGAAAGGUAGAUAUGUGCUCUUCCUAUACACACUAUGGCCCUUCCUUUUGUACUUCUGAGGAUGCUGGCACAGGCCAGCCACUAGGUGGGAAGUACAUGGAAUGUUGGACUUGGAGUCAGGAACACCUGAGUUUGAACCCUAUGUCAGACACUUAUUAGUUGUGUGA